CUCCCUUUGAGUCUGUUAAAAGCUCCCAUCGUGUGUGGGCAUGACUCACCCUGCGUGCGUGUGGGAAACACGUGAGGCCGACACGCUGCUCUUGCAUCACCAUGGAAGAACUACCCACUCGCCUGCGUCCACACCCCUGACGGAAGUGACCCUCUGUUGCCAGUGUGCCGCAGAGACGCGUGAAGCAUGGAUGACCAGCACCACGGCGCGCUGAGCUCGCCCUCCUCUUCCUCCUCAUCCACGCGCUUCUUCUUGCCAAGGCGCAUCCGCAUGUUGGUUCCCGUUGGUUUCAAAAGCGAAAUCAAAGAGAUGUCCAAGUUGGCGGGACCGGUGAUGAUCGCGCAGUUGAUGAGUUUCGCUGUGAGUUUUGUCAGUACAGUUUUCUGCGGUCAUUUGGGGAGGACAGAGCUGGCGGGAGUGUCUCUGGCCAUAGCAGUGAGCAAUGUCACAGGUGUUUCCAUUGGGGUUGGCUUGGCAUCAGCAUGUGACACUCUGAUCUCUCAGACUUAUGGGAGUGGGAACCUCCAGAAAGUGGGGGUCAUCCUUCAGCGGGCCAUCCUCAUUUUGUUACUGGCAUGUUUCCCCUGCUGGGCCAUUCUCAUCAACACCAGACCCAUUCUGCUGGCCUUCAGACAGGAGCCAGAAGUAGCCAGUUUGGCUCAGUUGUAUGUGAAGAUCUUUAUGCCAGCGCUUCCUGCUGCAUUCAUGUUUUCUUUACUGUCGAGAUAUCUGCAAAAUCAGGGAAUUAUAUGGCCCCAAGUAAUCACAGGCUUUUUGGUGAACCUCCUUAACGCCCUCAUUAACUACAUUUUUCUCUUUGUGUUGAAGAUGGGAGUGGCAGGUUCUGCUCUGGCAAACACCUUCUCCCAGUUCUCCAUGGCUGGAAUUCUCUUUGGGUACAUCGUUUGUCGAGGCCUUCACAAAGCCACGUGGGGAGGCUGGUCUAAAGAGUGCCUCCAUGACUGGGGCUCAUACAUCCGUCUAGCCAUCCCCAGUAUGGUCAUGAUGUGUGUUGAGUGGUGGACGUAUGAGAUUGGAGGCUUUCUGGCAGGUCUCAUAAGUGAAGUGGAACUUGGAGCUCAGUCAAUUGUCUAUGAAUUGGCUAAUGUUGCCUAUAUGUUUCCUUUAGGUUUCAGUGUCGCUGGUAAUGUUAGAGUCGGAAACGCCUUGGGAGCUGGAGAAACAGAGCAGGGGAAGCUGUCUGCUAAACUAACAUUGUUCUGUGCUGGCUUGGUGUCUGUAGGCAUGGCUUUACUCAUCGGAGGCCUGAAGGACCACAUCUCAUAUGUCUUUACAUAUGAUGAAAAAAUCAGAGAGAGGGUCUCGGAUGUCAUAUCUUUCUAUGCUCCGUUCCUGCUUUUAGAUGCAAUAUCUGCUGCUUGUAGUGGCAUUAUAAGAGGAGCUGGUAAGCAGCGAGUGGGCGCCAUUUGCAACAUUGUGGGAUAUUAUGGAAUUGGCUUUCCUGUUGGAGUCCCGCUAAUGUUUGCUGCCAAAUUAGGAAUCAAGGGGCUGUGGACAGGACUCUUUACCUGUGUUUCUUUGCAAUGUGUGUUCCUGAUUUUCUAUCUGAUACGAAUGAACUGGAAGGAUGUCACAAUCGAGGCUCAGAUCAGAGCAGGAGCGUGUGAGACCUAUACUGAAACAAGUCCUGAACCAGAGGAUGCAGAGAACUACAGAUGCCCCUCUGACACCACUCAGCUGGAUGACAUUGAUACUCUACCUGCUGUUUCAAAGGAUGAACUCGCCUUCAGGAAUCUGGUUCUGCGCAGAGGCUUAGCUUUGGCUCUCAUGUUAUUCAUCCUGGCUGCUGGAAUAAUUUUAAACCUGCUUAUCACUAAUUUAGCCACAUGACUUUGAGUCUUUUGUACUCAAUCGAACAACUUCUUAGCUGUCCGUGCUCAACAUAUGGUGAAGGUUCGCACUGCAGCACAAAAGCAGGGCAGGAUACGAGGCACAUAUGAGCUGGAGGCAGAGCAAGCAGGAAGAUUGAGAGUCUGUUAUCCAUCAGGAUAUUACUCUGUAAUAUCUUUGUCCUGUGGCUGUGCUCAUGUUUGUAUCACAGCCACAAAGAGAGGGGAGUCAAGCUAAAGAGUGUUUGACAGCCAGGGUACACUUGAAACAAUAAAAUCAAACAUUUUUGCUAUCCUUGA